UCCGUCUCUGGUGCUCUGCUUCUCUUUACCCCUUCAACAUUUAGCAGCUCCAUUUCCUUCUAAUCGAAUGAAUUCUCCAAAACGAAAGAUUCCUCUCUCCAUUAUUGCUGUCUUAUUCUGCAGUUUAACAUUCGUUACUCUCUUAUAUACAGAGAGAGUAAGUUUUUCUUCCUCUUCAAUUUCCCAGAUUAAGUACUUGUGCUCUAGCAUCGCCUCCAAAUCCAAUUCUUAUUUUAAAUGCGGAAUCGACGAUGGGUCUCGGUUCGAUCCAGAAGAGUGCAGUGUUGUCCAUGGAAAAUGGACCUUCAACAAGUCUUUUAAUCCUCUGUACACCGACACUUCAUGUCCAUAUCUAGAUAGACAAGUCUCUUGCAUCAUGAAUGGACGCCCAGAUUCAGAUUAUCUCCACUGGGAAUGGCAGCCACGUAACUGUACCUUACCUAGGUUUGAUCCAGAUCGUGCCCUCAAGAAACUUCGAGGGAAAAGGCUAAUGUUCGUUGGGGACUCAGUACAGAAAUAUCAAUGGGAGUCUUUCGUUUGUAUGAUUGCAUCAAUUAUACCUGAAGACAAGAGGUCAAUGGAGGCACAAGGACUUGCUCAUUCAAUCUUCACAGCCAAGGAAUAUGAUGCUAAAAUAGAAUUCUAUUGGGCUCCAUUUCUGAUUGAGUCGAAUACGGAUAUUGAUAUUGUAGCAGAUCCUGACAAGAGAGUACUAAAAGUGGAUUCAGUCGCCAAGCAUGCCAAGUACUGGGAAGGAGUGGAUAUCCUUGUGUUCAAUACUUACAUAUGGUGGACAAGUCGCUUGUCUGUGAAAACCCUAUGGGGUUCAUUUGCAAAUGGAGAAGAAGGGUACGAAGUGAUGGACACUCGCGUUGCUUACAGAAUGGCUUUGCGGACUUGGGCUAACUGGAUUGACUCCACUGUAAAUCCCAACAAAACAAGAGUCUUGUUCACCACCAUGUCCCCAAUACACAUAAAGAGCGCGGAAUGGAACCACACAAAUGGGAUAAAAUGCUACAAUGAAACCAGACCAGUCAUGAACAAGUUUUGGGGGAGCAACUACGAUGGCUGGGUAAUGAGUGUGGUGGAUAGCGUUAUGAGCAGAAUGAAAGUUCCGGUCACCUUCAUCAACAUAACUCAACUAUCUGAUUACCGCGUGGAUGGACACACAUCCGUUUAUACAGAGAGGGGAGGCGAAUUGUUGACUGAAGAACAGAAAGCUGACCCAUUACACCAUGCAGAUUGCAUACAUUGGUGUUUGCCAGGAAUUCCUGAUACAUGGAAUCAGAUUCUUCUUGCAUACUUGUAGCAAUAGCUUGCAGAGCCCAUUCUGAACUUUCCCUUUGCACCAUACUCUCAAAUUGCUCAAUAACUUCUUCAUCAUUCAUCCCACUGACCAACCUAAUUUUUGAACAAAUUUUCUAUGUCAGAAUUUGCUUCCUCUCAUGUACUCUUUUGUCCCUCUAAUGACACAAACAUUGCUGAAGUUAGUUUCCUGAAUCUGAUCAUCCCCCUCAUUUUGGAUUAUCCUCUUUGCUUUCCUUGCUGAAUCCCUUUGUUCUUAAAUAUUUGUUUGAUGGCGUCCCUGAGAUCGGAUUCUACUCCAAAAAAACAGGACCCAAAUGUGUUUCCAUUGGUUAUUAAGGUGUUCCUUUGCUUUGAAGUGAAGUACUCUCGUGUUCAAUACU